AUGGAAUUUUUUCCCAAUGUUGGUCGGCAAGCGGUGCCCAUUGGUGAAGGUAGAGAUAUUGAUAUGGAACUUGUUGAUGAGCCAGUGUUUCCUUCCAAAUAUGCAGAUGAAGUUAGAGACAUUGAUAUGGAACUUGUUGAUGAUCCAGUGUUUCCUUCCAAAGAUGCAUAUGAAGAUGGAGUCACAGAUAAGGAACCCUUUGAUGAGCUAGUGGUGCAAGUUGGAGAUACAUAUGACGAUGAAGACGAUAAUGUCAAACCCACUGGUGGGCAAGCGGUGCAAGGCAAAGAUGCAGGUGAAAGUGAAGACGGUAAUGCCGAACCUGCUGGUGGGAAAGCGGCUCAAGAUGAAGAUGCAGAUGAAAUUGAAGACGAUAAUGCCGAACAUGCUGGUGGGAAAGAGGCGCAAGGCGGAGAUGAAGAUGAAAGUGAAGAUGAAAGUGAUGAAAGUGAAGAUGAAAGUGAAGACGAAGGAUAUUAUCAUGGAGGCUAUAUAUUACAUUGUAAACGCUCAUUGGGUCUACCUAAAGGUCUAACACCCAACACUAAACAAGUCUCGCGUAAAGAAGCAAAAGAAAAAAUAGUGCCUAAGCUUAAUAUACACUGGAGUUCUUAUUGGAAUAUCAUUUCAUUACCACCCAAAAAACUUGAAAAGUUACCAGAAAUUUACUGUAAAGAGGUUGAUAACUCUCUUUAUAAAUUGUAA